AGCUACAUUCAACAAACCUUUCAGAACGUCGGGGUAUUUGUGUCUUAAUGCCACUAAGAACGAGUCCGAGUAUUUAUCCUCUGAAUAUUUAAAACAUAUAUGUAUAAAUUGACAGACAGUUUUGUACCUUCGAAAAGAAAACAACGGUGCCCUAAAUCUUAGUAUCAACUAAGUAUCAUUGUUACUUAAGGUUGUGUUACAUGUAUAGUUAAGAAAGUAUUUUUUAACUGAACUUUGAUUCUUCGACUGAUUCAAAGUUCAGUGGCGUACUUGAAUGCAGCUUGAAGUCAGCCGGUUGCUAUGUUACAGUGUUGUAAACAACGUUCGGAGUUUGGAAGGUUUCAUCGUGCUGACGUUCUGUAGCGGCUGAAAUCUUUUAGCUGAGGCUCAAUUCUGUGAUAAUCAUGGAUAAGGGGAUUUUUAUGGAUGAGGAGAUUCUACGGAAGGCCAUAAUGGAGGAAGCUGCUCAAGAUCGGGUUGAGUGUAUUUUCAAGACGGAUGGAAUCCACUUCAAUGAAAUUCUUAAACUACGACUGGAAUACAGAAACAUCCUGAUGAUCAGCCACUUAUGGGAAUUCACAUCUUUGUCCAGACUGGAUUUGAACAGCAACCUCAUAGAGAAGAUUGAAGGCCUGGACCGUCUGGUUAAUCUGACACGGCUCAAUCUGUCAUUCAACAAAAUUGAGAAAAUUGAAGGUCUCAGGUACUUGCAGAAACUUGAAUUGCUGAAUUUGUCCAACAACAGAAUCUCUGUUAUUGAAAACAUGGACACACUUGAGAAACUCACUCAUGUCUUCAUCGCAAACAACCUCCUUGGACAGUUGGAAAACGUUGUCUAUCUCAGGAGGUUCAAGAACCUGUUCACCGUCAACUUGUAUGGAAAUCCUGUUUCUAAGAAAGACGAUUACAAAUAUUACAUCGCAGCGCACCUUCCAGACUUGACUUGCCUAGACUACAGAUUACUCGAUGAGAAGACGAAAAAAGAAGCAUCUAAAAAAUACUGCCAUGUCCUUGAAGAGAUCAAACGCGCGGAGCUGCAGAUGCAACAAGCCGAUGAGGUUGAGCAAAGCCGGGCAGCUGAAGCCAAAUUACACUCGGAGGCCUUUGUGGAGUUCCUGAAUGGCUCCUCUCUGUUCGAUAGCAUGCUGAAAGACGAUCCAGAGGCAGAGACACUACACCGUAGGCCUGAAGUGGCUCUUCUGCUUCAAACAUUUGAACGCCAAAUGGUGGCGCUGUGUAUGCAGUUAUUUGAAACAGGUUUGACUGAACACAAGCGAAGACAGACAGAGGUGGACUCCUUCUUCGGCGGUCAGCGAGAGGCCGUGGCACACUACCAGCAGCGAGCGUCGGAAAUAUUGGCAGGUUUUGAGCAGCAACACAAAGUGAGGAAAGCGGAAUUGCAGCAAUUAUCAGAUCCGGACCUCCUGAAGGUCAAGAUCAACCAGUGCAAAGAGGAAAACAAGCAACUGCGUACCAGCCUCAUGACACUGGAGUUUCAGCUGGUCCGCCAGCAGGAGGAUAUCAUCAACAAGUUGGACAGCAACAUUGCAGACAUGAUUGGUAACUUCAGUGAAACUGCUCACGGCAUAUUUGCGCAAUGUCGAGGUCUGGAGGAUAAUUAUCAUGAGAAUCUGCAGGUGAUUGUAGAAACUCUGGAGAAUGUGGACAAGGACCACCGGCAUGGGGGCGUGCACGAUCAUGACCAAACGCUGUUUGGAGACAAACACGCGGUGAUGGAUGCACUGGCCACCAGCCAUGAGAACCGUCUGCUGAAGGUCAAUGAGCGGGAGACUCAGCUGAUUACACGCGCUGAUGCCUGGAGAGCUUCCCUCGCUAAAGGGGUUGAAGAAAAAGAACUUUGGAGGAGCCGCAUGCGAAUCUCAGACAUCCACAGAUAUGCAGACCGUUUGUGGAAGCAGCUGGAAGAUUUGCAGUAGCACCAUCUGUAUUGCAUUUCUCCCCUAAAAGGUUGUUUAUGUAUUUGGCUUUACAAAAUUAUACAAGAACACCCAACUGGAAAAGUAAAAGUGAAAGAGGACCACAUCCCUCCAGUUCUGAGGUCCAACAAAUAAUUGAAUUGACAAAAAAAAUCAUGCUGUUGGUUUAUAAAGCGCUGAAUGGUUUAGGGCCAAAUACAUUUCAGAACUAAACAUGGGGAGGGAAGCGUUCAUUCUUCAUUAAUGUCACUGCUACUUUUAUUCUAUAAAACUUUUUUUUUAAUUUUCAAUAUUUUAAUCAAUAUAUUUAAUUGUUUUUUAAUCUAUUUUUAUUAUGCCUCAUGUUUCAAUGGUUUCAUGUGUGACACUUUUUCCUUGUACAAAUAAACAUGCCUUGCCUUGAA